CUGCCAAGGCUGCUGAGCCCACGUCAGGGGGACGAGUCUGGAUAAAUAGGGUCCCGCAAUGGCCGUGUCCGGCUGCGCUCUGAGCUGCGGAGUCCGAGACUGGAGCUUCCUGCGCGGGUCGGUGCUCUGGAGGCUGAGUGCUGGCGCUGCUGGUGCUCCGAGCGCCCAGGGGCAAUCUGCGCCCGGACCCCAGAACUCCCCAUCAGUGCGGACCGGCAGGAAAGUUCACCCGCUGCUCCUAGGUGAAGAGAUAGCGAGAGAAGGGAGGCUGGAAGAGAAGGGUCCUUUCUGCCAGCAACAGCGGGGUAGGACAGUGCCAUGCUCCUCUCCAUCCUGGUGGCUUUGUGCUUGUGGCUGCGCCUGGCGCUGGGCGUGCGCGGCGCGCCUUGCGAGGCUGUGCGCAUCCCCAUGUGCCGGCACAUGCCCUGGAACAUCACCCGGAUGCCCAACCACCUGCACCACAGCACGCAGGAGAACGCCAUCCUGGCCAUCGAGCAGUACGAGGAGCUGGUGGAUGUGAACUGCAGCUCUGUGUUGCGCUUCUUCCUCUGCGCCAUGUACGCACCCAUCUGUACCCUCGAGUUCUUGCACGACCCCAUCAAGCCCUGCAAGUCUGUGUGCCAGCGCGCACGCGACGACUGCGAGCCUCUCAUGAAGAUGUACAACCACAGCUGGCAGAGUCUGGCCUGCGACGAGCUGCCCGUCUAUGACCGUGGAGUAUGCAUCUCUCCCGAGGCCAUAGUCACUGACCUUCCAGAAGAUGUGAAGUGGAUAGACAUCACACCAGAUAUGAUGAUGCAGGAAAGGCCCUUUGAUGCUGACUGUAAACGCCUGAGCCCUGAUCGGUGCAAGUGCAAAAAGGUGAAGCCAACUUUGGCCACGUACCUGAGCAAAAACUACAGCUACGUUACUUGGGUUUUCAAUUGCAGUUAUCAUGCCAAAAUCAAAGCCAUCCAGAGGAGUGGCUGCAAUGAAGUAACAACCGUGGUGGAUGUGAAGGAGAUCUUCAAGUCUUCCUCGCCCAUACCUCGAACACAAGUCCCCCUCAUCACGAAUUCCUCCUGCCAGUGUCCACAUAUCCUGCCCCAUCAAGAUGUCCUCAUCAUGUGUUAUGAGUGGCGUUCAAGGAUGAUGCUUCUUGAAAAUUGUUUAGUUGAAAAAUGGAGAGAUCAACUUAGUAGAAGGUCCAUACAGUGGGAAGAGAGGCUCCGUGAACAGCAGAGAACAGUUCAGGACAAGAAGCGAACAGCCAGCCGCACCAGCCGCAGUAACCCCCCCAAGCCAAAGGGAAAGCCACCCGUCCCCAAAACUGCCAGCCCUAAGAAGAACAUCAAAGCUAGAAGUGCCCCCAAGAAACCAAACCUGAAGAAAAGUACAAACUAAUUACUUUCCACGAUGGAGCCACACUUACAGGAUAAGGCCACACUUACAGGAUAAGGCACA